UUCCUCUUGUUUACACCCGGAGGAUCCGCGAAUCGCGUGCCGAUCGUCUCGGUCAGGUCUCGGCUGUCCUCCCUUUGUCUCGUAUCCCGUCUUCGUCACGAUUCGCUCCGUUCUCAAACGUCGCGGAGAUUUUCCCCGAAACUUUCCCGUCGACCACACACACGAGGCGGUGGCGGACGCGGACGCCCAUCGCGCUCAUUCGUUCUCAGAAUUCGUCGCGAUCGCAUGGAGCAAGCAUGAAGGUGACGGUAACGACGACAUCGUUUUCAUUCUGGCUGGACGUGAGCGAGGAAUUGGAGCUGGAAAAUUUCAAGGCGUUCUGCGAGAUCGAGAGCGGUGUGCCGCCCCACGAGAUCGUGAUCGCGUCCAACAGCCUGCCGCUCAUGGACGACAAGAAGUCUCUGCGCGACCAUGGCAUCCGUGACGGCGAUGCCGUUAUCUUACAGCAUAUGCAUCAAAGCGGCAGUGAUCUGCAAUCCUUCAACAGAGCCAUUCCAUCACUGGACUUCAGUUCCAUCAGAGUUCCCGAGAUCAGCAACACGCGUCCACAGCCGAUCGCGAAUAUACAAAAUCCUCGCGGCGAGGACGAUCCAGCGUUGAUAAGAAAUAUGUUCCUGGCUAAUCCAGAUCAGCUGGCGUUGUUGAAGCAGAAUAAUCCCAGAUUAGCCGACGCUUUGCUGUCGGGAAAUCUCGAUAGAUUUUCGACUGUACUCAGUGAGCAGAUAGCCGCUCGAGAAGAACGGCAAGCACAACGGCUGAGAAUGAUGAACGCGGAUCCGUUUGACACAGAAGCGCAACGGCUGAUCGCUGAAGAGAUCAGGCAAAAGAAUAUCGAGGCGAAUAUGGAGGCGUCAAUGGAGUACAAUCCGGAGACCUUUGGCACCGUCGUUAUGUUAUAUAUUAACUGUAAAGUCAACGGAUUUCCAGUUAAAGCAUUUAUUGAUUCAGGUGCUCAAACUACUAUUAUGUCCGCCGCCUGUGCCGAGAGAUGUCACAUUAUGCGUCUGGUGGACACGAGAUGGGCCGGGGUCGCCAAGGGCGUCGGAGUUCAACGCAUAAUCGGUCGUAUACACAUGGUACAAAUACAAAUUGACAAUGAUCAUCUUACGACGUCGUUCAGCGUCCUCUAGGAACAACCUAUGGACAUGUUGCUGGGCUUGGAUAUGCUCAAGAGACAUCAAUGUUGCAUAGAUCUGAAGAAAAAUGUUUUUAAGAUUGGUACUACGGGCACUGAAACUCCAUUUUUGGCAGGUGAUUUACCUGAAUGUGCAAGAUUAAGCGGGAACAGCGACGAAUCCUUAGAUGACAGGGAUCUUCAACGAGCUCUCGAGGACAGUUCGAGAGACGCGAAGAAACAGAAGCAGCAGCAUAGACUGAUAACGGAAAUUAUGGCCUUAGUGGUGUUGUUAGACGGGCCAGGUUUUUUCGCGCAUGCGUGACAUUGCGUGACGUAACGAUGACGUUUCCAGUCACGUAUAUAUGUAAUGUGAUGGACGCGGGCCACGGAGCAUCUCAGUUUUGGCGGGAUCGCAAAGGACAGGUUAAGUAUACUUUAUGUAAGUAAAUAAUUUAUUAUAAUUUGUGCAAUAAUUAUAAAAUUUGUGCAAUAUGGAUCCAAAUGUUGCUGAAGGAGCCAUUAAAAAACAAAGAGUCCGGGUAUUUCAAAAUUCAUGGUUAGAUGAAAAUAUUUUUAAAGGAUGAUUGACUCCCCAUUCCGAGCCGAAUAAAGCUUUUUGUAGCAUUUGUAACAAAAGUAUUGCGUGUUGUAAAACAAAUUUAGUAGCUCACUCACAAUCGGUCAAACAUAUGACAAAAGUAAACAGCUUAAAUCAAACUGAUCAAAGCCUUUCCGAUGUUAAUACUAUUCCACAUAAUAACAAAGUAAAACGCGCGGAAAUAAAAUUAGCAUCAUUUUUCGCGGAACAUAAUAUUGCUUUUGACACUGUUGAUCAUUUAGUCUCUUUAUUAAAAGAUAUUUCUAUUGAGCCUGAAAUUGUACGAGAUGUUUCAUUGGGCCGACUUAAGUGCACCCAAAUUGUUAAAAACAUUAUAGCAAAACGAGAGACAGAAAAAAUUAUUGAAAUUUUAAAAACUCAUAAAUUUUCUAUUUUAGUAGAUGAAAGUACCGAUAUUACAAAUACCAAAUUUAUGUGCGUACUUGUUCAAUAUGUUUCACCUAAUAAUAAAAAAGUAAAAAUACAAUUAUUAGAAUUAUUAUCGUUAGAUGCCGCAAAUUGUACCACGAAAAAUAUUUUUAAAACUUAAAACAUUUUUAGAAAAA